CAAUUCAAGAACCGAUAUUGGAUGUAUAAAAGUGUAGUGUGGAAAAAAAUUGUUUUUCAAAGUGUAUGGGACGGAUUUGCUUGGAAUUAUUUGGAUAAUAAGGUUGAUUACCAUCCCCAACCAUGAAGCCCCUCAUAGCCUGUCUUCUACUUUUCUUGGUCAUCCAAAGGGCUCUGCCCUUACCUCAGGGUGCUCCUGAGUCAGUUUGUGAUACAAUGAUGCCCUUCCAUGGUGGAGGAAUUUCUGCACAGAAUUCUCAAGCACCCUUUCAAAUAUUUUUGGAUUCUACGAGAACCGAAAAUGGACAACCUCUCAGGCUGGUUUUGGGAAGCUCGCAGGGAGUUUCUUUUAAGGGAUUCAUGAUUCAUGCCAGGAGAGUAAUGCCCCCUUACGAUGUUGUGGGUACUUUUACCCCAGCUGGCGACGACACUUAUAAACUGAUCGACUGUGCAACCCCAGGGUCGACGGCCACGCAUACCUCGACGGUCAAGAAGCAAGAUCUUCAGCUAGAGUGGACGGCACCGGACAAUUU